UGCGCCAUGAAGACCGUGUCUGCGCUGGUGCUCAGCCUUGCCGCGACUUCCACGCUUGCUUUGGACCGCCCGAUGUAUGGCCUGGACUAUGACACCCGCACGAGUGAAUGGGGUGGCUGCAAGAGCUACGAUGCGUUCGUUGCCGACUUCAAGACGUUGGCCCCGGUCACGAAGCACCUGCGCGUUUACACAACCACGGACGGGUGCAUCCAGCGCCUCCUUGACGCGGCCGCCAAGACGAACAUCAAGAUUUGGUUGGGGCUCUGGGGCAACGUCGACGUUGGCGAUGUGUUCCCGAGCGAAUUCAAGACCCUGCAGAAGCUCGUCAAGGAGAACCGCGUCCGCAACGACAACGUGUUGGGCAUCCACGUGUCGAGCGAAGCGCUGUUCCGACACCACCACGAAGUCGAAUGGAGUAAUCGCACGGGUGUGAACAAGCUGAUCGGGUAUUUGAACCAAACGCGCAGCUUCCUUCGCGCGAGCAACAUUAACAUCCCCGUCACCAUCGCCGAUGUUGUCGACACGUACCGCGCGGCCCCCGAGCUGUACGACUACGUCGACGUUGUGUCGGUGAACCAGUUCUCGCAAUGGGAAGGAGUGCUCGCGAAAGACGGCGUGAACGUCCUCUUUGAGCGCGUGAAGGACGUGAUCUUGGAAUCUCGCAAGCGCGGGAAAAUCGUCUUGUUCUCUGAAACCGGUUGGAGCUCUGGCGGCAACGUGUCUGCCAUCAAGGAGUCGACGCCUGCCUCGUCCGCGCGCUUCCUUCGCGACUUCAUGCGGUACACCGAGCAGCAAAACAUUGCGUACUACUACUUCACGUCGUUCAACUUGGCGUGGGGUGAAGAGUCGUUUGGCGUUGUCGAGCGCAACUUUGGUCUCUUUGACGAAAAGCGCGUGAUCAACCCGUACGUGGCCAACGUCACCCUCGGCAAGUACCACAAGCCCGUGCGCAUCUACCACCAAGGACGUGUGCUCAAGGCGGAUGGCCACAACUCGUCGUCGUUUGGCCGGUUGUACCUCGAACCUCCCGCCCAGGGCCUCAGCGCGACCCUCGACACCGAGAUCUGGUUUUACGACGAAGACUUGCUCACGUUCCGGUCGCGCAGCACCAACGAAUGCCUCGACACGUACUCGGAGAACGGGCAGUCCAAGCUCCACGUGUUUUGGUGCGACGGCACCAACUACAACCAAAAGUGGCGCUUCAAGGGCGAUGGCACGUUCCAGGUCGUGUCCCAAGCGAACGGCCUCGUUCCCGACGACUCGCUCACGACGGACGUCGACCCGAAGCUCGGCACCGGCGCCAACCGGUCGACCGAAGACGUCCGCGUCCCCGUCGGAAUCAUCAAGGGGUCGAGUGCCGCGGCCCACGGCCGGUGCCUCCGCGGCGUCGGCAACCAAAUCGUCAUGGUCGAUUGCCAAAACGACGCCGACAACAAGUUUACGAUCCGCGCGUUGGACACGGAAGAACUGCACAUCACGGCGCUCGACACCAACUGGAAGCUCACUGAAGACUACGGCCGCAUCACGGUCACGGCGCAGAGCGCCGACAGCGCCGACUUGGACGCGCACGUGUGGUUUUACGACCCGCUCCUCCAGCGCAUCCGCAACAAGGCCAACGGCCGAUCGUGCCUCGACUUGGUCGAGGACAAAGUCAACGGGUUGGUGCAGGGCCGCCUGUGCGACCACACGCCGAGCCAGUCGUGGUCAUACAACGAUUACACGGGCCAAGUUCAGCACUUGGGCAAGAUCGGGCUCUGCUUGAACGUCGAAGAAGAUGGCCAAGAGCUCCAUGUCGUGUACUGCGAUGCCGACUCGCCGACGCAAAAGUGGACGUUUGACUUGAUCAACCCGUAA